AUUCAGUCUUCUCAUUCCCCAGAUCGAACCAGACAUAUUUCCCACCCAUGAUCCUGCACAGAAUCCGAUAAUAAUCUGCAUCCUUUGAAACCAAACAAGUUGACGACGUGACGUACCUCCCGAGGUCCGGCCGCGGAAGUGUAUCGAUCGACAUUGACAUCGACGCCAUGGAUGCCUUCAUGGUAAUAGGAACCAAAGCCCGCCCGUCUGGACGCCCUCGUCGUCAAUCCCGAUCUUGCGCCGCUCCUGAGCCUGGUGAAGGGCGCAAGAAAUGGCAUCGUUUAUGGUUCUAAAGUGCGUUUUCCGCAUGCUCUUGUGAUGAUAUUCCUUUUUCGCUCGGGAACCUUCCGGGAAAAACUCAGACUUGUCCUCAGAGCUACGCGCCAACAUGCGCGGAACCUCGCUACCUUUUGCGUCGUAUAUAAGAGCACCAUGAUCUUACUAAGGAAUCUCAGCAUGUCCGGGAUCGAAAAAGAGGGUCGCUAUGAUAGCUUUAUGGCGGGGUUGCUGGGAGGGUAUGUCGUUUUUGGUCGAAACCGAGGAAGUCUCAGUCAACAGAUCGUCAUCUACGUUUUUGCCCGUGUGAUGCUUGCCCUGGCUCAACUCGCAGUCCAGCCGAAUAUGCAUCCGCUGUCGGGUCUUAUUACACCAGAAGCACGAUCCCGUAUCAAGCACAAUGCCUGGCCGGUGUUUGCCAGUUUUACGUGGGCUUUCGUCAUGUACAUCUACCGCUGGCAUCCGGAGAGUCUUGUUUCCAGUUUAAGGUCCAGCAUGGUUUAUAUUUACUCUGACUCGGAUCACUGGGAUUCGUUCCGGAAUUUCUUAAUACAUAAUAAGUGAAUUAUAUUAUUACCAAUGCAAACGGGAAUGGAACCCUCUUUAUUACCCUCUUUUCUUGGGAGUGGACGCGGGUCCUCAUCUUUUGCUUCUAGGCGUUUGGAUAGGGUUGCUUCUGUUAUGUUAUGCCCGUGGUAAGGCCGCAUGUUCUCGUUGGGCUUUUGUUUCUCUGUGUGUGUUUUGGUGCCUUUUUUUUCGAAGACAGUUUCUAUGGAGUCGUUGGAUACCUUAAUCGAGUUCUGCUAGUCCUCGUUUAGGGAGUGCUAAACUGAACUGAAUUGAAUUGAAUCCAACUGAAAAUAGAUAUA